UCCGACAUUUAAAGCGGGCCAUUGAACGCACCGCGGUCGGAAGUUGACCGAGCUUGACAGACAGACCACAAACGUGAUGGAGACCCGGUCGUGAGCGACACGAGGCCAUUUCGUCGCUGCUUCGCCACGAGCGGGGACGAACGAGGAGUCGUUUAUGCGUGUUGGGCGAUUGUUUCCCAGUGAGACGCCGCUGGCACACCUGUGGAAUGGUGACUGCGGAGGACUGAGCGGUUUGUCAGCAGUCAGCCAGCAGCCACCAUGGGCCACCGGUGGUCUCGUAGCGGCAGCCUGCUGUCGCUCCUGCCCGACAGAAGAAGCGUCGAGCACCGCACGGAGGCGGACGACUCGGACAACGACUCGCUGGACGGACUCGGUCGGCGGGAGGACAUCGCUCAAUUCCCCUACGUGGAAUUCACCGGCAGAGACAGUAUAACGUGUCCAACAUGCCAAGGAACCGGGCGCAUCCCUUCUGGUCAAGUGAAUGAGCUGGUGGCGUUGAUCCCAUACAGUGACCAGAGACUGCGGCCUCAGAGAACGAAACUGUACGUGGUCCUCUCGGUGAUCCUGUGUCUCCUGGCCUCCUCGCUGGUGGCUUUCUUCCUCUUCCCUCGCUCCGUGGUGGUGGUGGACGCUGGCGUUCGCUCGGUGAUCGUGCACUUCGAUCACAUCAACAUGAGGGUCCUCAUGAACAUGACGAGCACGCUGAACUUCAGCAACCCCAACUUCUUCUCAGUGCUGGUCCAGAGUGUCAGCUGUCAGGUUCUCUACAUGAAGACAGUCAUCGGGUCGCAGCAGGUCGACAGCGCCACCACGAUCCUGCCCCUCAGCGACAGUCAGGUGAACUACACGGUGAGCGUGGAGAUCGGGAGGAGCGCCCCCUAUGUCUACGCCUUCUGCACCAUGCAGAGCAUCAAGGUCCAUAACAUCGUUGUGCUGAUGCAAACCACCGUGAAAACCUCCUACAUGGUGCGAUCGUCCCAAAACAGCCUGGAGGCCUAUCGCUACAUAGACUGUGGCUCCAACAGCACCUUCCACCUGAGGCCUCUGCGACACCACCACCGUCACCCAGCCUCCCACUCCCCCACACCUCUCCCACACCUGGGCGAGGGAGCAUCCAUUUAGCCUCCUGACUCGCUUUGACGUUUUAAUUCUAGUUUUCUGCUUCUUUUUUUUUUUUUUUUAACGCAGCCAUGCGCUCUGGAGAUGUCAGCGGUCACAUGGCGCAGGAGUCUGACCUCACUGGAGCCUGUCUGGAGAUUGACAAUGACUUUUUAUUGAGGAGCGAAGCUGGAGUUUCUGCUCCCGAGCUCUUCCUGUGUGCUGCUGUGCUGCAUUCUCAGACUAAUCUAUUUAUCAAACUUUCUCUUUCUGACUUGAGGCUGCUGCAGGAAGCUAUUUAAAAUGAGCUCACGACUUGUUUAUCGCCUGAAAGGGAGCUGUUCGAUCAUGAAGCUUAAAUACACAAGUCUUGUUGUUCAUAUUUCAGUUGCGUGUGUGCGCUGACCUCUGUUCUUAUUACACGGGAGCAGUUCUCUUGAAGAAAUGCCAGCUAUUUUACGGAAAAGGGACUCGUAUGUAAAUGUGGGAAUGGGCAAUUUAAUCUGAUUUUGGCUUUUAAAAUGGUUGUUUUUCUAACUUUGUGAUUCUCAGAGACAUUAAAGGCAAGUUUUUUUGUGAAUAAAAUGAUGAAAUCA